AUGCUCAUCGAAGGCGCCGACCGGUUCGGCCUCUCCCAGUUGCACCAGUUCCGUGGGCGAGUGGGCCGGGGUGAGCACAAGAGCUACUGCAUCCUCAUGUCGGAAAAUCCGUCGCAACUGGCCCAGGAGCGUUUGUCGGCACUGGAACGUACCCGGGAUGGCUUUCAGUUGGCAGAAGUCGACCUUGAAAUGCGGGGCCCCGGAGAUUUCUUCGGCACCCGCCAGAGCGGCCUGCCCAGCCUGCGGAUGGCCCAACUAUCUGACAGGGACCUGCUGGACAUGGCGCGGCACGAGGCUACAUCGAUCAUUGAGAAGGAUCCGGAGCUGGCUUUGGAGGAACAUGCGACCUUAGCGGCGCAGGUCGCGCGGUUUAUGGAGCGGGUUAGCGCCGAGUUCACCUAA